UUGGCAGAGGCAGCAUUACUUAUCACAAGCGGAAUGUGUACAUUUCCCCCUCCCCACCUCAUUUUUGGGUACUGCAAAUUGCAUUUGUUCAGAAAGAAAAGUUACAAGUGCAGCAACUAUCUCCAGGAUGGCAUGGAUUUCUCAAACAUGUUCUUUCAUUCUGUUAUUUUCUUCCGUCUCUAGUGAAUGUGUGUCUGAAAUCUACGAAAACACAUAUUUUGAAGGAGGAGAUAUCUCUAAGGUUUAUGCUCCCAAUGCAGACUACUGCCAAAUGGUGUGCACAUAUCACCCAAGGUGUCUAUUGUUUUCCUACUUUCCAGGAGACUGGGUGAAAGAUAUUGCAAGGUUUGCAUGCUUCCUGAAAGAGACUGAUACUCAAACGUUGCCAAGGAUACCCACCAAAGGGGUAAUCUCUGGACAUUCCCGGAAACAAUGCCUUCGAGUCACUGCUUGCAGCAAGGACGUCCAUGAAGGGUUGGAUAUGAGAGGAGAAAACUACAAUAUAACCACUGAAGAAAACUAUCACCACUGCCAAAAAAGAUGCACCAAUGAGAAUCACUGUCAUUUUUUCACAUACACCACAGCUUCAUUUCAUGAUGCACGUUUCCGCAAUAAAUGCUACUUGAAGUAUAGUGUCAAGGGAACACCAACCAGUAUAAGGUAUCUAAGUGGCGUUAUGUCAGGAUUCUCAUUAAAGGCCUGUCAACGUGCCAAUACAGACUGUCCGAUGGACAUUUUCCCGAUGGAGUUUUCUGGUGUUACCAUUGCAAGAGUACUGGCACCUGAUGCCUUUGUAUGCAGAACAAUUUGUACUUACAAUCCAGUCUGCUUAUUCUUUACCUUUUACGAUAGUGAUGAAGAUGUAAAAAACCCAAAAUUUACUUGCCAAAUGAUGAAAUCGAGAAAUGGCACACCGGAGAGUUUUGUAGAAAGACGAGUUAAGUCAGGUUUCAGCCUCCUAAGCUGCCGGAGAGCUACACCAGCCUGUCAUUUUACUACUCACAACAAUUUAAACUUUCUGGGGGAGCAAGUGAAGGUAGACUAUGUCAAAGGAAGCAAGGAAUGUCAACAGCUUUGCACAGACACGGUCCGCUGCCAGUUUUUUACUUACGACCUGAACCCAACAUUGUGCAACCGCGAAGGCAAAUGUAAAUGCUACUUAAGAAUGACUGCCAAUGGGGCACCGAAUAAAAUUGUGACUGAGACGGGAAAGGUUUCCGGCUAUUCUUUAAGACUGUGUCAGGUUAAAGAAAGGCCCGUAUGUGCGCCUGUGGCAAAGGGACGGAUUGUUGGAGGAACAAAUUCAUCUUCUGGAGAAUGGCCCUGGCAAGUCAGUUUGCACGCAAAGUUAUCUCUUCAGAGUCAUCUGUGUGGUGGUUCAAUCAUCAGUGACCAAUGGAUAGUGACUGCAGCCCAUUGUACAGAAGACCUCCCGGUAACGGAUGUUUGGCGUGUUUAUGCGGGCAUUUUGAAGCAGUCAGAAAUAAAUGAAAAUACGCCCUUCUUCAGAGUUCAAGAGAUUAUUGUCCACCCUAAGUAUGAGUAUUCAGAGACGGGAUAUGACAUUGCUUUAAUGAAACUGGACAGGCCGAUGAACUUCAGUGGUUUACAGCAACCUAUAUGCUUACCAUCUGAAGACACAAUGGAUACAGAAUUCACCAACUGCUGGGUGACUGGAUGGGGUUACACAAAAGAGAGAGGUAAGAUACAAGAUACUCUGCAAAAAGUCAGCAUCCCCCUAAUAUCCAAUUUAGAAUGUCAGUCACGAUACCAAGAACACAAGAUAACUGACAAGAUGAUGUGUGCUGGCUACAGAGAAGGUGGCAGGGAUGCUUGUAAGGGAGAUUCAGGUGGUCCUCUCUCAUGUGGACAUCAGGGAACCUGGUAUUUGGUUGGUGUUACCAGCUGGGGUGAGGGAUGUGCUCGUCCAGAUCAACCGGGAGUUUACACUAAUGUGGCUGAGUUUGUAGACUGGAUUCUCGAAAAAGCCUCAUAAAAAAUGUCCUGUGACCUAAAUGUAUGGAAGAUGACAGAAGAUGUUGUCAUGUCAGACAAGCAGCUUUGGAAUUCUCUGAGAAAUCUCUGAGAGGUUUUGUGAACCUGUGGUUUUUGAAAAAGGCUAGUUAGCAGGGUUGAAACAAAGACUGAACUCAUCUGACCUGUUGCAUGCAAUAAAAAUAAUAACCCCCAAAGUGG